AUGGCAGAGAAUGCGAAAAGCGAGCAAAUCGUGGAUGUAGGAACGGUGGUGGAAGCCGUUUCGGCUGAUGAUGGUGACGCCCCACUCUACAGCCUCGAAAGUCUUUGCAUGCGAUGUGGUGAAAACGUAAGUUUCUCCCUGUUUCUCGCCACCGCUUGCUCUUCCUUUAACCUUUCACUUAAUUCAGCGUCACUUAGCACCUGGGUUGAUGCAUUGCACAAGCAGUUUGGAGGUGGACGGGGAUUUUGUUGUCAGCUUUUGAAUGUCCACAUUGUGGUGAGAGGAACAAUGAAGUACAGUUUGCUGGUGAAAUUCAACCGCGUGGUUGUUGUUACACUCUGGAUAUCCCGUCAGGCGAACAGAAGGAUCAUACAAUCCUAUGAGUUGAACAGACCCUGGAAAAUCCCUUUGGUCUCAUUUGUGAAGCCCUUCCAAACCAUUCCUGAUCUUCUCCAACCUCCUCCAGGAAUGCUAAAUCGACAAGUGGUUAAAUCAGAAUCUGCUACCAUUAAGAUACCGGAACUGGAUUUUGAGAUUCCUCCAGAAGCUCAGCGUGGUAGUCUGUCAACGGUGGAAGGGAUACUUAUGAGAGCAGCUGAUGAACUUCAGGCCCUUCAAGAAGAACGCAAAAAAGUGACUCCUGAGACAGCUGAAGCAAUUGAUCAGUUCUUGGUUAAACUGCGUUCCUGUGCAACAGGAGAAUCAGCUUUCAGAUUUAUUCUUGAUGAUCCUGCCGGAAACAGCUUCAUUGAAAACCCGUUUGCACCGUCAUCUGAUCCAUCAUUGUCGAUCAAGUUUUAUGAGAGAACUGCUGAGCAGCAAGCAUCAUUGGGAUACCUUGUCGAUUCCACACAGAUUGAAGGAACUCAUGGUGAUGCCCUUGAAGGGAGAGAUGCUGUGAAUACUGAUCAAGUGGGAAGAGAGCCUCAUGGAUCAAUAGGGGCAACAGCUGGCCAUCGAGCCAUUGCACAGAGUAACAGUGCAGAAAUUGCUGAAUCCUUGUUUCGAUAUACUGCCCCAGAAGAAGUUAUGACUUUCCCAUCUUCUUGUGGUGCCUGUGCUGCGAGGUGUGAGACUCGAAUGUUUGUCACCAAUAUUCCUUACUUCCAAGAAGUAAUUGUUAUGGCAUCCACAUGUGAUGCCUGUGGUUAUCGCAACUCUGAGUUGAAACCUGGUGGACGAAUUCCUGAAAAAGGAAAAAAAAUUACACUUUCUGUGAAGAAUGUUAAUGACCUGAGCCGUGAUGUAAUAAAGUCUGAUACUGCAAGUGUAAAAGUUCCGGAACUUGAUUUGGAGCUGGCAAGCGGAACCCUUGGAGGAAUAGUUACAACUGUUGAAGGCCUUGAGAGGGUCCAUGGUUUUACUUUUGGGGAUAGUCUCGAAGAAAAUAGAAGAAGCAAGUGGAUCGACUUUAAAGCAAGGCUAAACAAGCUUCUGAGCUUGGAAGAACCUUGGACUCUAAUUCUUGAUGAUGCAUUAGCCAAUUCUUUUGUAGCACCUGCAACUGAUGAUCUGAAAGAGGACAAUCAAUUAGCUUUUGAGGAGUACGAGAGGUCAUGGGAACAAAAUGAGGAAUUAGGGCUGAAUGAUAUGGACACUUCUUCUGCCGAAUGUUUGGAUAUAAAUG